CGAGCACUUCCGGGUCGUGGGCGCAGCUCUGCAGCUCCUGCGGCGGCCGAAGAGGUGGUCGGGAAGUAGGUGCUUCCUGCUGGGCUGCUCGCUCCUCCGCUUCUGUCCGCUCCGCGGCGGGAAGCGCCUUCCCCACAGGACAUCAAUGCAAGCCUGAAUAAGAAAAACAAUUUCUUCCUUCUAAGCCAUGGCAUAUCAGUUAUACAGAAACACCACUUUGGGAAACAGUCUCCAGGAGAGCCUUGAUGAGCUCAUACAGUCUCAACAGAUCACCCCCCAACUUGCCCUUCAAGUUCUACUUCAGUUUGAUAAAGCUAUAAAUUCAGCAUUGGCGCAGAGGGUCAGGAACAGAGUCAAUUUCAGGGGCUCUCUAAAUACAUACAGAUUCUGCGAUAACGUGUGGACUUUUGUUUUGAAUGAUGUUGAAUUCAGAGAGGUGACAGAACUUAUUAAAGUGGAUAAAGUGAAAAUUGUAGCCUGUGAUGGUAAAAAUACUGGCUCCAAUACUACAGAAUGAAUUGAAAAAAAAAAAAUGGCUUUUUUAACGCCAUCUUCUGUUAUUAUUCAUCGCUUUUUUGAAGAGAAGCA